GUCUCCCUAGGCAUCACUUAUGGCCAGGCCUCGGUGUGAAUCACUCAUACCAUUCGACUCGACGUUUUGCAGUGAAAUAUUCUGAUUGCGCUCGCAAUUGCUCAAAACUAGAUUCCUUCAAGCAAGACCGAAUUGUUUCCUUUGCCCUUUCAAUUUUUGUCCCAACUUGUUUCACAAUACACUUCCUCAGACUUCGUCAUCGACUGACCUGCUCCAAGGUUUCAUCACUCCAGUCGCCUGCCACUUCUCCUUCCUCAAUAGCAAGAUUACAAAACUUCGGUUCAUUCCUUGCCGUCAAAAUGCCUCUCUACAAUGUCACUCUGAAAGAGGAUGCCGCUCCCGAUAAGCUCUCAGAGGCCAAGCAAAAGGCCGUGUCUGAUGGUGGUGUGAUCAAACAUGAAUUCACUCUGAUCAAAGGCUUCACUGUCGAGUUCCCCGAGGACAAGGUGGGCGUCUUACAGACCAACGAUCAUAUCCACGUCGAGCAAGACCAGGAAGUCAAGACACAGUAGACAACGAGAUGGACUUGUCAAUUUUGGGAUGUCAAAAGAAUCAUAUCUCAUGUUUGGUGAAUCGGCAACUCUACCAAAAGUGCGAUUCAUCGGACAGUGCGAUAAGGGCGCUCCUUUGAAAGCACAUUGACACUGGGUUGCAACGCAACAACCCAUCCUUGGUCUCAUGCGAGUUACCGUUCCUGUGGCAUCUUGAUGGCGAGAGAGCCCAUCUCCUGCAUAUUCUCGGCGCCAGGGAUAACGGCAUAUUCACACAAGAGAGUGUCUACAGAUGUCAUAAAUCUUCUAAUGAAUAUGAUACCAUUCCGUUGUACA